AUGAUUGAACGUCAUAAACUCCAAAACGUAGUAAACAACAAACCUUCAUAUUGUAUGUCAUAAGUGUGUGUAAAUUUUAUAAAAAAGCAUAUUUAAUAACAACCAUUGUUAUUUCUAAUAAAAAAUUAUGAAUUCUAUUGUGAAAACGUUUCCUAACCUAGUUAGGCCAAAUUUAAUUGCAAAAAUAACUGCAAUAAGUAGUUUCAAAAAUUAUUCGAAUGAUUUUCAUCAUCCUGAAGGUAAUGAACCACCAAUUCCAGUCUAUUCAGCACGUGAAGGCGAAAGUACUCAACUAAAAAAAGCCAGACUAAUCUAUCAAUCUCGCAAACGUGGAAUGUUAGAAAAUGGUCUAGUUCUCAGUACAUUUGCUAAAAAAUAUCUAGACACAUUCAAUGAACAACAAUUAAUUCUCUACGAUCGUCUAAUUAAUCUUCCAUCCAAUGAUUGGGACUUAUUUUAUUGGGCAGUAGGAGUCAAACCAACACCAGCUGAAUUUGAUAAUGAAGUGAUGAAUUUACUAAAAAAACAUGUGCGAAAUGAUGACAGACAGUCCCGUAUAGUCCAACCGGAUUUGUAUUAAGCUAAAAAAAAAAGUAGUUAAAUAAUUUUAUUAUAAAAAAAUAUUUAUUUAAGGUACAAAAGUAUGACUCUUGAAGAGUCGUCAAUAACUAGAGAUAUUGUUAAAUAUAUUUCAAUAAACUAAUAUUUAAUUAUUGAU